UGAAAUACGUCAUCAAUGAACUCAUUUCCUUUCGGCUAACUUCCGACGUUGCACGACGCGACACCGGCGACACCGUGUGAAAAUUGCGAGAUUACCUCUUUCCGGUUCUUCACGAAAGCGUUCGGUGAUUACUCCGCUUGUUCAAAAUGGCGAAACGCACGAAGAAGGUUGGAAUCACCGGUAAAUAUGGCACCCGUUACGGUGCCUCCCUUAGAAAAAUGGUGAAGAAAAUGGAAAUUACCCAACACAGCAAGUACACUUGCUCAUUUUGUGGUAAGGAGGCGAUGAAACGUAGCGUCGUAGGAAUUUGGUCCUGUAAACGAUGCAAGAGGACAGUUGCUGGUGGUGCGUGGGUAUAUUCCACAACGGCCGCUGCCUCAGUAAGAUCAGCUGUACGUAGAUUGCGUGAAGUUAAAGAACAGUAAAUGUAAUAAAAUAUCUUUUUAACAAUUUA